AUGAACUUCAACUGGCUUGGCAGAUACUUAUCACUGAACACUCUUUCACCGCUAAUGAACCCGAAGGUACGGAGUAGAAUGCUUUCCCGCCUGCUUUUCUCUAUAGGGGUGCCAGUAGCUUUCUUCUCGGCGGCGAUUAUACUUUCCCAGGGUCAGGCUACGGAAGAAGAUCAGAACCAGCGGACUCUGGCUGGGGGCGAUCAAGAGGAGGAACCCCCGGAUUUGGAUGAAGCGAAAGGAAAGGAGGAAGAGUUCGCCAAGUUCAUGGCGGCUCACAAGAAGACCUCUGAUCGACUCACGGAGUUGGCACUCCAGGAGAUCGAGGAGUCCCCUUUGACUGACGAGAUCAUGGCCCAGGCUCCGCCCCCGAAGUUCGUGAUUCCGAAAAUCAACGUCUACAACGGGACGGCGGGUCCAACUGACCAUCUUCUCCACUACAGAAAUAUCAUGGCACUGAACACAUCAGAAGACUAUCUGAUGUGCCGUGUCUUCCCAGCCAGCCUCCACGGGCAGGCAUUAGUCUGGUUCCAUAAGAUACCAGCGAAAUCUGUCUCUUACUUCAAGGAGCUGAGCAGACUCUUCCUAGCUCAGUACUCUUGUAACCGGAGGCAGAUCAAGGAUCUUGACUACCUCUUCAACCUGAAGAAGAGCUCCUUCAGGUUGACAACUGCCAACGAGCAGUCAGCAGUGGUAGCCUACAAGAAAGGGCUACCCGUAGAGUCCAAGCUCUACCAGUCUCUGGUCAAGAAUCGACCAGAGACCCUUGAAGACCUCCUGCUCCUGGUCCGAGCAGAGCGCUACGCAAAGCUCGAGGAUGACGUUCAGAGUAACCUCGGGAAGUCUUCCCAGAAGAUCAAGAACGAGAUCCAAGAUCUCAUUGAGCGCGGGUAUCUGAGGCAGUUUGUUGAUCAGCAAGCAGCUCCUCCACCUCAGAACCCAGCUCCACAGCCUUUAGCUGCACCUCAGGCACAGUAUCCACAGAACCCCCGAGCUGCGGUGAUCACUGUGAUCCACGGCAGGCCAACUGGUUUACCUCGGCGCGAACAAGAGCGCGGGGUUAGGCACCUUUAG